AGAAGUGCAGUUCUAUAAAAUGAUUAAGGAAAUAUACUUCCAACUCGUCAUUGUUUCGCUGGCUGUACUGUUACCAGCGAAUAGUUAUCCCCUGGAGCCAAAUGCGGAAAAUGCAUGCGAAUUUAUCAGGAACGUUGCGCGAUUUCCAGACGAUGAGAAUGCUUGGUGGGAAAAGAGUAAAAGUUUAGCCAAUUCCAUUUUGGAGACCAAAAUCAAUUAUAAAGGAUCAUACCGUUCCUGUAACCAAUAUGUUGCUACCCUACAAAAUCUAAAAAAUCGUGGAAAUGAAUUAAAUGCAUCCAGUCCUUGGGCACAAAUAAUUGAAUAUCUUAACGCAUCCUCACAGGAAUAUGAAGGUGGUCCGUGUACUGAUGAGGAACCCUACAGUUAUAUAUAUUCAAGUAACAUUAAAAACAUGAAAAACGAUAUACGCGAAUUGAGUCAACAUGUGAAAGAUCAAAUCGAAUAUCAUAAUUUGGUGGCACAUAUUGAUACGAAUGUCAAUACGAUCAUAAAUACAUUAUCUGGUUUCUCUAUUCCGAUAUUGAAGUAUUUAACACGGUUUCCUUCGGCAAAGUGUACUCUGCCCAAUUGACGAAAAACCCAUUUUAUAAUGCUGUCUAAAAUAAAUCCAAGAGAAUAAAUUGACAUGUAAUUUUG